AUGGGGCCUGUCCGCAAGCCGGAUAAUCCUACAACACGUGGGACCUCAUCAUCAUAUCACAAUAUCUCCCCAUAUGCCGGUAUUACCAACGCCACAUAUGGGGUCUGUCAAAACACCAGCUCCUCCUACGACACGUGCGACCUCACAGCAUAUCACAUAUCUCCCUAUAUGCCGGUACUACCAACGCCACAUAUGGGGUCUGUCAACACGCCGGCUACUCCUACGACACGUACGACCUCACAAGCAUAUCACAAUAUCUCCCCCAUAUGCCGGUACUACCAACGCCACAUAUGGGGUCUGUCCACAUGCCGGCUACUCCUACGACACGUGCGACCUCACAAGCAUAUCACAAUAUCUCCCCAUAUGCUGGUACUACCAACGCCACAUAUGGGGUCUGUCAACACGCCGGCUACUCCUACGACACGUGCGACCUCACAAGCAUAUCACAAUAUCUCCCUAUAUGCUGGUACUACCAACACCACAUAUGGGGUCUAUCAACACGCCGGCUACUCCUACGACACGUGCGACCUCACAAGCACAGGAUGA